GCUAGUUUCCCUUCAUUUUUGUUAACUUUGCCUGCUUUUUUUGUAACUUUUGUCUUCUGCAACAAAAUCUUUCCAGCUCAUCGGGCUUGCUGAAUACAUAAUCACAAGCUGAUUCCAGCCUAUGGAGAAGUGCACAUAAGAAUAGGAUAAAUAUGGCUUUUAAGUGUGAGGACCACUUAGAUUCCCUUCCGUUACCUGUUCAGCGUAUGCACUUAAUUCAGGUAGACUCCGUUCAGCGAUGGAUGGAAGAUUUGAAGUUGAUGACAGACUGUGAAUGUAUGUGUAUUCUCCAGUCCAAGCCGAUCAGCCUUGAGAAGGAUGACGAAAAUGAACUUAUCCUUUCCUCACAAUAUAGCACGUGUGAUAACUUGCAGCUGCUAUUAAAAAGAGCUUGGAUCAUAAGCACAGAGUUGACCAGGAUUUCUCAAAAGCUGGAGAAGAAUAGAUGGCAGAGAGUCCACAGCAUGACAGUAAGAGUCAACUGCCAUGUGCGUUCAAUGAUAAAUGAAUACAAUGCAUUCACCAGGAAUUCUUCAGAAGAAAUGCACCAGUUUGAAAAACUUUUAAUAGACAAGUGUUCAGAAUUUACAGCAUUCACAGAAAGGUGCAUACAAACUGAAGAUGAACAGAUACUGAAGUCCAUGAAAUCGUGUAUUAAUGAAACGCUCACUACCGUUGCUCAGUAUUUUGGCCAGUUGAUAGAGCUGGUUUUAACACAUGAGGCACAGAACCUGCUGAGACAAAUAGAGUUGUCGGAUAGUAUGUACAUCACUGAGUCAGCGAUUAGUAGUCUAUUCAGCCUUACCCAGGAAGGUGCUCGUCUGUGCCGUAUCAUAGCUAAGGAAGGAGGUGUAGUUGCUCUCUUUAAAAUCUGUCGCCAGGACUGUUUCAGGUGCCUUUAUCCCCAGACACUGAGAACGUUGGCAUCCAUUUGCUGCGUAGAGGAAGGGAUGCACCAGCUGGAAAAGGUUGAUGGGAUACUGUGCCUGGCCGACAUUCUUACUGAUAACACCCAUUCGGAAGCUACUCAUGCAGAAGCAGCAGCAGUAAUUGCACAAAUCACAUCUCCACAUCUCACGUUCACUCAGCAUCUCAGCAGCUUUCUGGAAAAUAUGGAAGAAAUUGUCACAGCACUUGUCAAACUGUGCCAAGAAGCCUCAUCUGGUGAAGUUUUCCUGCUGGCUUCAGCAGCUCUUGCCAAUAUUACUUUCUUUGAUACCAUGGCUUGUGAAAUAUUGCUCCAGUUAAAUGCAAUGAAGAUUCUUCUAGCAGCAUGUUCAGACAAACACAUAGUGGAUACUCCAUACUCCCGAGAUCAGGUGGUAACAAUAUUGGCAAACAUGUCUGUCUUGGACCAGUGUGCUUCAGAAAUCAUUCAAGGAAAUGGUGUUCAACUUUUAAUGGAAAUGCUCUUUGAAAGACCAUCUUCAGGAAAUUCAGCAGAAGCUGCUGCUUGUGAGCGAGUCCAACAGAAAUCUGCAGUUACGCUGGCACGACUCAGCCGAGAUCCUGAAGUGGCAGAUGCAGCCGUAAAACUCAGCUGUAUUCCUCGCCUAGUUAAACUUUGCAGAUCACCAACUGAAAGAAAUAACAGUGAUUCUGUUUUAGUGGCAUGUCUGGCAGCCUUACGGAGACUAGCAGUUAUGAGUCCUGAUGAACUUGAAGAUUCAGAUUUUCAGCAGCUAGUAAAGCCCAGACUUGUGGAUUCCUUUCUGCUAUGCACAAAUAUGGAAGAGAGCUUUGUAUAAAUGUGAGCCAAAAACCUUUGAAAAAUAAUCAAGAUGAUAGGUAUACAAUAAGAUAGUACAUAUACAAUUUUAUUUAGUUUUAAUCCUCUUGUUAUUUAUGACUUAUUUAUUUUAAAGCCAUGAAUGUGUGGUUUGUAGGAGCAAAGAAACAGAAUGAGCAAACUUGUUUCAGUGGUUUGCAAAGGUAAUUUUUUAUUUUAUUUUCCUGCCAAGACACGUCAACAGACCUUAUCACUGCAAUCUAACAAAAUGUUGUUGUCUUGUUUAAUAUAGUUGAAUCCAGGUAAAGAAGCCAGGAAUUUGGUGCUUUGAUGUUAAAUGCUUCUAAUAAUGUUUUAUUGCUGAUAUUUUUCUGCAGUUAGAAGAUUUUGCAGGUUUUUUUAAGAAAUGCUUUAAUCUCAUGCAUUUGCUGCAUUAGAAGAAAAGUAAUCCUUAAAACUGCAAGUAUAUACUUUGAAAUGAAAGGGCUGUCACAGUCAGAGUCUAGUUCUUAAAUGUUAUUUUUUAAUAGAAUUAUGAAAAUAUGUAGCUGUGAUUAGCUAAGAAAAUUUUUCAGAAAAUUUUCAAAUACUGGCUUGGAAUGACGUUAGAGGACAUUCUUACACUGUAUAAGAUACACACUUGCAGACAAGUAUUUUAUUUACAUUUACGGAAGUUCCCCAAAGAAAUUGAGAGAAUUCCAGAAAAAUCUUUAUGAAAUCAAACAAACAUCAUCAAUGUGAAGGUAUAUAAGAUUUGAAAUCAUUACACACUGAUAAUUUUCCCUCCUUUCCAGGCCUCACAAGAACUGGAAGUAAGCAUGUCCAGACAUGUUUUUAAUACUCAAGCUACUACUUUUGUGAAAAGUUGAGCAUGCAUACACUAAAUAAUCAGAACAGAUAAAUUAAUUGUAACUUCAAUUUCCAUGUUUCUGUUUUUCUAACUAGUCCUGUAUUUCUAAAACUGUGAAAUGGGACUUUCAGGAGCUCUUGGAGUUGAAAAAAGGAGAUUUUACCAAUGGAUAACAUAAAGAAUAGAGAUGAUUUUAAAAUAUAUUUAUUUUUUUAAUGAACAUUCCUCUUAAAAUUUGCCUUUUUCUUUUCAUCAAGAAACCACAUAAAUUUAAAAUUAAUCAAACAGCAAUAUCUUGAGAGUGUUUUUUCUUCCAACUUGUCACAAAACAGUCUGUAGAUUAUGAAAGUAUAUGUGGUUUUUUUUCUUGAUGGCUUGCAACUAUUGCUCUGGAUCAUUUUAUGAUCAGCAACUUUAGGGUACUAGGACAUCUGCCAAAAAAGUAACUACAUGUCUUCUUUACUGUACUUACUUUGUAGAUAUGUUAAGCAGCUUAAUUCAUUAAUGUUUAUUUAGUAUUAUGUGGUGUUUAGAUGAAAGGCACCAGAAAAUUGCUAAGCUGUGAUUGCCUUCUGCAUUUUCUGUGUCUGAGAAAUCUGUUUUGCUUCAAGCACUCAUAAAUGGUGGCUACUUUGUUCUCCCCUUGAGUAUAUACGUUAAGAAGUCUCUGCCUUAACAUUUCUUCUUUGUGAUCUCUUCAUUUAACUAUGAGAUCUAUCUUGGCUGAAGUUUUAAAACAUUAGAAAACAUACAAUGACCUCUGUCAUAAGCAACUACUCAAAGAUAAGCAUUGAAUCAGAUGUUUCACAGAUGUAAUUUUCUAGUAAGAGCAGAGAUGAAUUCUGCUUUGUUUGCUUACUUUGAGACAGCUCCUUAAACUUUUGAGAUUCUUAAGAUGUAUGGUACUGUACAGCUUUAAAAAUAUUAUUUAAGUUUAACGCUUUCUUUUCUAAGCAGAAAUACAUGUAUGAACCAUGGAUUCUUUAAAUGGUAAGAUCAACAUUCUUGGAAUAAACAAUGAACUCGUAAAUCUCAUAAAAAAUGAACUCAAUAAGGUCCCAUUGCUAUCAUGCUGAUAGCGUGAUAAUCCCUAAUAGAAUACAACACAUCAAAUUCUGUUGUGAAUGUCCUGUACUGAACCUUGUUGUGUCAGCUGCAAAUAACACCAGAGAUAUGAGUUUGUAGAUGGGUAGAGUUUAUCCCAUAAUAGGCAGAGUUAAAAUCUCAUUUAAAAACAAUGUCCACACCUGUAAAGUGAACUGAAGUAGCUAUUCAGAAAAUGCCAUUAUGACUCUUAAUGUUUUAAAGCCAUUUCUAACAUGUCAGUCAAAUAUUCAGUGAGCAGGCCAGUAGCAAUGAAUUAGUCUAAUUUGCUCUUAGAGACAAUAAUGUGAAUCCUCAUCAAUUGAUUUUAAUACAGAUACUCUCAAUCUGUAAAUAUGUGGCCAUAAUUCUAGGCCCAUAUUGUCCUUUUACAUGUGUUCAUAUUAUGAAUGUGGCUGUUUACAUUACAGAAACAAAAUAUAUUUAAGGUGGAUCUCAUAUUUGUAGUAGAAAAUUAUAUUUUGAAAGAGCCAGUUCAGACCUGUUAUCACCUAAGUGUCAUCAAAACCAUUUUCACUAGGUCUGAUUUUCUCACCUAAAGUUGUGCACUUUAUUUUUGUAUAUGCUAAAGUUUAUGACAAAAUAAACAUACCUCUUCCCUUCCUCUUAAUUAACUUGAAAAUAAAAAGUCAUUAAAAAUACUGAAAUAUUAUUUUCUCAUUACUUCUGAAUGAAUUCUGGAUUAAAAAUGUUUGCUUUGAAAGUGAUUUUUCAGUUUUUAAACCAAAAAUAAAGGAACAGUUUAAGCCAGAAUAAACAUGUUUAAUUUCAAUGUAGUAUGGAACAAAAUAUUUCAUAUCAAAAGAUUUUCACUAAAACAUGUAUUUUGGUGGAUCAAUCUUUCGACUCCCUAUGUAUAUACAUAUACAGUUAGUAGAGUGAGGUAGAAAGUAUGUGUAAUACAUUUACAUAUCAAUUCAUAUAUGUGAACUCAUUGACCUCUAGAGACUGCCUGUAGGUUAGAUAUUAGCUUAAUUAUUCUGGAAACUAAAUGUUAUGCUUGUCAGAAAUGUUGUAGUUUCAUUUACUUUUUUCUGAACUUUUUAGAUUUCAUAUGAGAUUAGAAAUGUUAGACAAAGACAAACAUGCAGUGAACUACAGAAUUCUUUGUAACUUUGAUUUGCAUUCCAGUGACUUUGGACAUUGUGUUCAAAUUUCAGCUC